UAGGAUUUCAUCGGCAUUUCCAUAAUAAUAACCGGAUCAUAGAUUAGAUUUCUCAGAAAGGGAUCACUCUUCUGAUAUAUGCUAUAGGCGUGUGCAGAUAAUAAUAACAAUAACAAUAAAUGGCGAACAGCCCGGGAAAUUUAUGUGUGCCGUGGAUACAUGGAUGUGAUAGGUCUCUGUCUGCAUUAUUCAAGAAGAUCAAUUCAUAUGGACGCAUUCUAAGUUAUUUUUAUGUUGAAUUAAUUAAGGAGAUCGAAUAACACAACCGAUAUUCGCAAUGACACCUUACCCAGUACAAUUGUACAGUACCUAAGGAUAAACCCGAUCCAGGAAAUGUUGUGAAGGAAAUGUCGAAUUGGUGAAGUUUGUCUGCUUAAACUUUGUCAACCAUGAGGAGGUCCGUCGUAUUCAGUAAGUGCUGCAGAGUUUGGGUCCUAUUUACAAGCAGACUAUAUGCACAGUGUGCACACGUGUUGCUUAUUUCAGAAGAAUCAUCGAGCAGCCUCUGAUAUCAUUAUUUUGUUUGAGCUGUAGAUUGACGGAGACUCCGUAUCCGUUUAAGAUGGUACACAGUGACGCUGCAACCAGAUGCCGGGUUCGUUUAGUGUGACACGACACGAGCAGCUACAUUGCAACGCAUAGCUGGUAAAGUGUUUACAUAUGGGCGAUUUUCCUAUCAUUUCGUAUUCCUACUGUUCCCCUCGGCAUAAUAUGGUGAAAAUACUAUUAAAAGGCGAGUCAAGGAUAUAACAAUACAAAUACGAGCUUAAUCUAAACUCAGCAAUCGAUUUAGAGUUCAGAAAGUCUCUUUAACCAAUGAUGGGUGACUCACGGUCAACACCCACGCCGGUGCAAUAGGAAGUCGCCUCAUUUACGACCUACCAACUCGGCGAGAGAUGGAGUGCUGGGAGAGUGGUUCAGAGUCCGAAGAUGGCAACCAAUUACCGCUAGAUGUCGAGCAUUACUCCAGAAAGGUACGAAUGUACCGUAUAGAGCAAUUGUUCAAAGGUAAAGGUCUCAACAUGGACAAGAUGGCCGCCUCCGUUCCAACUACCCCAACGGCAGCUAAGACUAGCAUCGCGACCCUUUACGGUCCGAUGGAUGGUUUGGCUCCCCGGCGGCAUGGAGUCGAUUCUAAUCGGUUCAUUCUGAUAUUCAGUAGGAACUCGGGAGAUAUCCGAGUGACGUAUCUCAUGGUAGAAAAAGCCCACCUGACAGUAUUGCCAAGAGUCUUGACAACAGACUGGGUGAAACUACGUGGAGUUGUUGGUUACAGGGCAUUAGCCUGCGAUAACUCCGUGUACGUGGUAGGUGGUCGAAGACAGGAUUCGGGUUACCUUAUCAACAGAGUGAUAAGGUACGACCCCAUGACUCAGAGAUGGAAGACCUGCAGUGGUAUGAACUAUGCCAGGGCGAACUUUGCAAUCAGUGUGAUGGGAAGAACAAAAAUAUUAGUGGCGGGUGGUGUCGUACCCAAUGAAGAGGACAGGGCAGAGACCCUUACGAACACGGCCGAAAUUUAUGAUCCAUACCUAGACAAAUGGACACUUAUGCCGGAAAUGAAGCAUUCUUUUAAAGACAGCGCGUGUGUCAGUCGGGACUUCGAAGUCUUCAUUUGUGGAGGGACAAGAGACAAAGAUACGCCUGGGACUAAAAGUUCGAUGGUUUUUCGUCGGCAAAAACUAGAUGAUAAAAUAAACAGCGACCAUCCGUUCCAGUGUAAGGAUUUAACAGAAAGAGUGCCGCUACCAAAAAUGCUAGCAAAACAUUCCAUGACGCGGCUUGGGAAUGCCAUGUACCUCAUCGGCGGUCUGGCGAGAGAGGGUCGGACGAUACCCGAAGAACCGCCUACUGAUCAUGAGCCACCACUUGACGAGGUGGCGGAAAGGCUAGAGACAUCACCAGGUGUCUAUUGUCACAGGUCAAGGAGUCGAUCGUCUGCCAGAACGAACAUCCUGGCUUCUCGGGAAAACUGGCAUACCUGUCCAGAAAUGAAACAGCCUCGAUGCGAGGCCGGACUUGUCGCUACAGGAAAUCGAAUCUACGUCAUCGGUGGUCAUGAUCACACUCAUCCGGAUAAAUCGAUCCUGGAGGUCGAUUCUUACCAUGUGAUCAAGGAAAAAUGGCAGACCGCGUUUACACUUGACGAGCGCUCCUACACGAGCGUUGAUUGCUGUAUGAUUGAUGUUCCUGUGACGAACACCGCUUUCAAGUGCGAGGCAUUCACUGGAACAUGUAAAUGGGUGAUGUGGUGAUCAACUGAUCAUGUCGAUUGUAUCGGGCGACCAAAAUAUACAUGUAUCCGUAGACUGAUUUCACAUGUCUCUUGGACGAGUCCCUGAAAUUCGUUGAAACUGAACUGGAGGUAUUGGUUGUCUCACCAAAACCGCGAGGUUUGAGCUAAAAUCUGGUCCAAAAGAGGCUGAACCGACAUUUUUAGCUCCACCCGAGCGGGCUUGCAUUUGAGAAAAUGAACACCGACAGUGGGGUAUCAAUUUCUAUUCCAGAAACAUCUCAAAUUAAACAACGAAAACGUACUUUUAAAUGCUUUUUGAAUGCUUCAUUAUUUUGCGCCAACCCAAGCGGUGGUGGUUGCCAAACCAAUGACCACUAUAUUCAAAAUGAGGCUCCGUUCGCUCAUGGUGCAUUUAUACUGUAAAGUGCAGUUCAUUCAAGACCUAGGUGUUUUAGAAUAUAUGACAAAAUGCACCUCGUGUAUAUCUUCACUUAGUGGGUAAGGGUAACGAGAUGUAACUAGAAAAUAUUUGAAAUAAAUAGAUAACCCGUAGCGUAAAUGACAAAAUUGUACCUCAAUUUUAUUUCUAACCGCCUUGCCUCCACAUACCGGUGAUGCAUAU